GAAAAGCAGUUUAAUUUGGUAGGAAACGUGGAGACAAGCAAAGAAACGCGCCAAUAUCUGACCCUAAUUCCUUUUGAGCUGCAAAAUUCCCUAAACAUGAGACUCGCUGCUUACUUCCCUCUCAUUUCGCCCUCUCUCCCUCUCUCUCACCUCACACCAGCUUCAAUUCGCUUUCUUGAUCUGCAUUUUCUUGAUGGGUCAACUUUUCACGAUCCAAUUCACUCAGAAAAUAAAAAAAGAAAAACCGAAAAACCAGUGCCAAUUGCUUAACAUGGCCCUUCUUCAAUGAGAUCUAUAUUCCAUGAUGAUCUAUGAUUUUCAAAUUGUUGAAUUUGAUCUAAGUUUGGUUUUCUUUUUUCUCUAUUUUCUUGCUUGGAUGUGAGACAUUCUUGAAAAAAUUGAAUAAAGGGACGAAAGAAAAAGUUGAUGAGAGGCCAAAGUAGGAAAAAACAUAUGCAUCUAUGAAGACUUGGGCACGUAAGUCGCUGCCGCACCACCUGAUGCAGUUGUUGUCGGUUGAGCUUCUUCUUCUGCAAAUUUUUCAGAUGGAAUGGCAGAUCCUGUUAGUUAUGGGAAUUCUGAGCGGGACAUUGAACAAGCACUUAUUGCUUUGAAAAAAGGUACUCAGUUAAUCAAGUAUAGCCGGAAAGGAAAACCCAAGUUUCGUGCAUUCAGACUUUCUCCAGAUGAAACAACAUUGAUCUGGAUAUCGCAUGGAGAAGAAAAGAUUUUGAGAUUAUCUUCUGUCACACGGAUCGUCCCAGGACAGAGAACUGCUGUGUUUAGAAGAUUCUUACGUCCUGAAAAGGACUACUUAUCAUUUUCACUUUUAUAUAACAACGGCGAAAGAUCUCUUGAUCUGAUCUGCAAGGACAAAGUUGAGGCAGAGGUGUGGCUUGCGGCCCUUAAGGCAUUGAUUGGAAGAAAUCGGAGUAGACGUACAAGAAGUGAUAUUUCUGAUCUAACUGAUGGUGGCGAAUUUUUUCAAAACAGCCGUCCUUUUGGUGCAACUCUAGAGAUCUCUUCAAGCAUUAAUCGUGGGAGGGUGUCUGUCGAUUUAGGUUCUCGCGAAACUUCUUUGAGUUCGGCAAGCUCAGAUGCGGGGUCAGAACGUGCAAAUAUGCAACUAAGAACAAGUGGUGGAGAUGGUUUUCGCAUUAGUGUUUCAAGCACUCCGAGCUGUUCAAGCGGUGGAUCAGGUCCAGAUGACAUAGAAUCAUUGGGUGAUGUUUAUAUAUGGGGAGAAGUUUGGAGUGAUGUUGCUCCUGAUGGAUCCUUGAAACAUGUCGCUAUAAAGAAUGAUGUGCUGAGUCCAAAACCCUUAGAAUCUAAUGUAGUUCUUGAUGUUCAACAGAUUGCCUGUGGUAUGCGUCAUCUUGCCCUUGUAACAAGGCAAGGUGAGGUUUUUACCUGGGGAGAGGAAUCUGGAGGGAGACUUGGUCAUGGAAUCGAAAAAGACUUUAGUAGUCCUAAACUUGUUGAGUUUCUGGCAGUUACUAAUGUUGAUUUUGUUGCUUGUGGUGAGUAUCAUAGUUGUGCUGUGUCUACAGUCGGGGACUUAUAUACCUGGGGUGAUGGCACUCAUAAUGCUGGAAUUCUCGGUCAAGGCACUGAUGUUAGCCACUGGAUACCAAAAAGGGUGUCUGGUCCUUUAGAAGGACUUCAGGUUAUAUCUAUUGCAUGUGGAGCAUGGCAUUCAGCUCUCACAACUUCAAAUGGAAAAUUGUUUACAUUUGGAGAUGGAUCGUUUGGUGUUUUGGGGCAUGGAGAUAGAGAAAGUUUGUCUUUUCCAAAAGAAGUCCAAUUAUUGAGUGGACUAAAGACUAUAAAAGUUGCUUGUGGUGUCUGGCAUACUGCAGCCAUAGUAGAGGUUAUGGGCCAAGCUGGAGCAACUGUGUCAUCUCGAAAGUUGUUCACUUGGGGCGACGGUGAUAAGUACCGUUUAGGUCAUGGAAGUAAGGACACCUAUCUGCUUCCCACUUGCAUCUCUUCCCUUAUUGACUACAAUUUUCACCAGAUAGCAUGCGGGCAUACUAUGACUGUGGCCCUCACAACCUCUGGUCACGUAUUUGCUAUGGGUAGUACUGCAUAUGGUCAGCUAGGCAACCCAAGCUCUGAUGGAAAAAAUCCUAGCUUAGUACAAGAUAAUUUGGUAGGUGAAUUUGUUGAAGAAGUCUCUUGUGGAGCAUACCAUGUUGCUGUACUAACAUCAAGAAGUGAAAUGUACACUUGGGGAAAAGGUGCUAAUGGACGAUUAGGACAUGGAGACACAGAUGAUCGGGGAACCCCAACAUUAGUUGAAACAUUCAGAGAUAGGAUUGUUAAAAAUAUAUCAUGUGGCUCAAAUUUUACUUCCAGCAUAUGCAUUCACAAGUGGGUCUCAGGAGCAGACCAAUCAGUUUGCUCUGGUUGCCGGCAAGCAUUUGGUUUUACUAGAAAGAGGCAUAACUGUUAUAAUUGUGGGUUGGUGCAUUGUCAUGCUUGUAGUUCCAAAAAAGCACUGAAAGCGGCAUUAGCUCCAACUCCAGGCAAACCACAUCGAGUCUGUGACGCUUGCUAUGCAAAACUUAAAGCUUCUGAAGCCGGUACUCAUAAUAUUAACAGGAAAAUUACCACUCCUCGUUCUUCAGUAGAGAGCAGAGAAAGAAGGGAAAGAGGAGAGGUUAGGGGUUCAAGAAUUUUGCUGUUGCCUACAACAGAACCCAUAAAAUACCUGGAGAUCAGGUCAGCGAAGCAUGGAACAAAAUAUGAGGGCCCUUCUAUAGUCCGAGCCUCUCAAGUUCCAUCACUUUUGCAACUAAAAGAUAUUGCAUUUCCAAGUUCACUAAGUGCUCUUCAAAGUGCAUGGAAACCUACAUCAAUGUCGCAGCCUGGAUUUUCCAACUUAAGACCUGCUUCACCAUACUCGAGGAGGCCAAGCCCUCCACGUGCUUCAACAGCUGGAUUUUCUAGAAGUGUCAUUGAUAGCCUGAAAAAGACAAAUGAAAUUAUGAAGCAAGACAUGUCAAAAAUGCAAAACCAAAUCAAAUCUUUCAAGCAAAAGUGUGAUUCUCAAGGCACGGAGAUUCAAAAGUUACAGAAACAAGCUAAAGAAACUGCUUUAUUUGCUACAGCAGAAGCAUCCAAGUCUAAAGCGGCCAGGGAACUAGUGAAGUCUAUCACAGAACAGUUGAAAGACAUUAGAGCUCAGUUGCCUCCUGAUGUUCAAGAAAGCGAAACUUUUAAAGCUAUGAAUGUUCAAAUUGAAACUUUUCUAGCCACAAAUGAGACACCCAGAAUUUCUUCCCUGGCAGAAAGCUUAAUCUCUAGUCAACAGCAUGCAUCUAAGACACAUAUGCAUGACCAAGCAGAUGGCACAGGACUUAAUGACUUAUCUAGAUCAUCUGUUUCUAGUAAUCUAGAGGUCAUACCUCAACAUAGCUCCAAUCAAGAAUCUUCGUCCAUGAGAAAAGAAGGAGAAAGUAUCGAACAAUUUGAACCUGGGGUAUAUGUAACUUUUAUCCAACGUUCUGAUGGUGCAAAGAUCUUCAAGCGAGUUAAAUUCAGCAAAAGGAGGUUUCAGGCGCAGCAGGCAGAAGAAUGGUGGAAAGAAAAUAAAGAUAGGUUACUCAGGAGGUACAGUCCACAGGCGGCAGCAAAUGCGGCUCCAGCUGGAUCAUCCUCUUCUCCAGCUGAAUCACCAUCUGCCCGCGCUGCAUCACCCUCUGCGCCCGUUGCAUCACCCAGAGCUCCAGUUGAACCGUCCUCAACGGCAGCCGAGGAAGCAACGGAGGCAGCACCAUCUGAAACAUAGCAUUAAUGUAGAAACAUGGAUGGAUAAAGGAACUGCAUUUUGACUCAUGGAGUUAACAAUCUGCUAGUUGUAAACAAACAGUACUCUUGUUCAGACAGCUCCAUAUGCAUAAGAGUGAUCACCACAUAACAUUUGCGAGUGGAUAGACAGAAAUUUUGUCGAGGAAGGUUCUUUUUUUGAGCUAUUUUUAUUGUGUUGUGAUAGUUGUAGUGUAGAUGAACUUGUUAGGAACUUGCUAUUUUGUAAUCUUUGGCAAUCUUCCUAUAGUUGUAUCUUUUCUUUCUCCAAAAUCAGAGUUAACAAGUAUGUUUUGAUGUUGC